AGAACGCCGAGGGCUUCGACAUGAGCAUCCCGAUGCCGGGACAUCCCGUCAACUUCUCGGAGGAGACGAUGGCCCAGGCCCGGCGCGACGUGGAGCAGCUGGAGACGCUCGUCUCCCAGCACGACGUGGUCUUCCUGCUGAUGGACACCCGCGAGAGCCGCUGGCUGCCCACCGUCAUCGGCGCCAGCAAGAGGAAGCUGGUCAUGAACGCAGCUCUGGGCUUCGACACCUUCGUGGUGAUGAGACACGGCCUGAAGAGCUCCAGACCCGCCGAGGCGGGAGACUCCGCCUCCUCCUCCUCUGCCUCCUCCUCCACGCCCUCGUCCUCCGCCGCCACGCCCGCCAGCACCGCCCCCGUCACUGGCUCCUCCCUGUUCUCCAACAUCCCGGGCCACAAGCUGGGCUGUUACUUCUGCAACGAUGUGGUGGCGCCCGGAGAU